AUGUUAGACCCGAUCAACCCACUUGCGGAAAGUAUGGACCUUACCCGUUACAUCGCCAAUUUAGCCUGGCAUGAUUCGACACCUGACUCGACCCAUUGUAUUACCGGACCCGACCAAAUUUCAACACUAGAUUGUGAACCGGUCAACAUUAUAAGUUGA